AUGUUUGUCAAAGCUGUUGUUUCAAUUUUUUCUGAAGAGUACUUAAGAAAAUCCAACAAUGAUGACAUUGUUAGAUUACUCGCAGUUGGUGAGAAAUGUGGCUUUCCAGGUAUGUUAGGGAGCAUCGACUGUAUGCAUUGGAAGUGGAAGAACUGCCCAACUGCUAGGCAUGGUAUGUAUUCUGGUCAUAUCCAUGAACCAACAAUUAUUUUAGAAGCAGUGGCUUCUUACGAUCUAUGGAUUUGGCAUGCUUUUUUUGGGUUACCAAGGUCUCAUAAUGAUAUAAAUGUGCUUGAUAGAUCAUUUAUAUUUUCUGACCUUACUCAAGGGCGUACUCCGACUGUUAAUUACACUAUUAAUGGUCAUAACUAUGCAAUGGGGUACUAUCUUGCUGAUGACAUUUAUCCGCAAUGGGCAACAUUUGUUAAAACUAUCUCAGCUCCACAAUGA